UGACAGGUGAACUUUCAGUGACACCACACCCAUAUGUUUGGAACCAGCUCUCAGUUUCCGUCAGACAAGUUUUUAAGAUAACACUUUAGACCGUCAACUUUAGUUUUACUUUGACUACGCUGCUCCUGUUUGCAUCUCUUAAACAAACUAGUAACCACAAUUCACCAACCAUGCCGAGAUAUACAGAGCAGUGGAUCCGGACCUCGAGGCGUACACCCGGCAUAUUUAUUUUCGGAAUGGUCCUUAGCCCAUGUGGCUUGCUCCUGGACCUUAUUGCAACAGUGGCUCCUAACUGGAGAACCAUAAACACAAUUGCCGGGAGGCCAACUGAUACAUACCUUGAACAAGGCAUCUGGGACAUGUGCCAGGCGUCCGCCUCAUCCCAGACGGUUCAAUGUAACCAACCGGACACGAUCUACUUCCAGAACCAGAUUAUACCGAUUGCCCAGGGCUUGAUGGUGGCGUCUCUGAUAGUGACUUUGAUCGGACUGGGCACAGCGAUCCCUGGGGUACGGUGCUGGAGAGACCAUCCUAACUGGGUAGUUGCCGGGCUAGGGGGACUAAUCAUCUUUCUGUCGGGAGUCUUGACGAUUAUCCCUAUUGCAUGGUACACUAAAAUCCUCCAGAACAUCACAGCAACGACCACCAGCAACGAUAUUCGCGUGGGCUAUUGUAUUGUUUUGGGAUACAUCGGUGGUAUUUUCGAGGUACUAGGAGGCAUCGUCAUGGUUGUCGGGAUGUGUCGUUGUUGUGGCGGUAAAAACCGCGGAGAGACUCGCGUCGUGGAGAACACUGCACACUUCAGACACACGAAGCCCCCUCCUCGACGCAUCGAGGUGCCCAGCAUCAGCCGGACACGGAGCACUGCCAGCAGCGUUCCCUACUCUCAAGACUCCAUGGCGGAAGAGGUAGACUUUCCUCGGGCUAAAACCACCUCAUAUGGGGGUAGAAAACCAGCUUAUGAUGCUGAUUUGUGAGGACAUAACAUGCCUUCGACAUAAAGACAUAUCAUGAUGUUUUUACCAGGAUAUUAACCUCUACAUGUAUGCCUGUGGUUUUAACUAAUCAAAACACAUUUAACUACAUCUAAACUUGUUUGGAUUUGAUAAAAUGAAAUUGUGGAAUAGUCUACUGCAACAACACAUUUUCAAUAGAAAUUUAAUAUCAGGUUUGUUUUGUCAUCCUACACAUUACUUUAUUCAAGGACAACAUUUUAGACAAUCGUUGGAUUUUCUGUACAUUACAUAGUAUUCUAUUUUGUCUUGUGAUGUCACUUAAAGACAUAAGGGUUAGAGAACCAUGCUACGGUAGAGAUGCUCUGUUAAUUUUAAUCCACUUGAGAGUACACCGAAAAAACUUUAUAUGUGGCUGCAGCGAGAUCUGUCAUUAAAGGGAAGAAUUUUACUAGCCAAAGCUGAGGGCUUGUCAAGGCUUACAUACGCUGCUCUUUCUUUGAGUGUUGACACCGCCAUUCUUAAAAAAAUGUAUACCAUGCUACUCAACUUUGUCUGGUAGAAUAAAACUCAUUUUGUCAGAAAAUCUGUACUUAUGAACACCAUUGAGAAGGGGGGGUUAAACUUUCCUGAUUUUACUAAUUUAAACCAAACCUUUAAAAUAAAUUGGAUAAAAAACGUUAUCAAUAAGCCUGCAUCUAUCUGGAAUUUGAUCCCUAAUGUUAUUUUUUCCAAAGUAGUGGGUUUAAAAUUCUUAUUAGCCUGUAAUUAUAGCAUAAUAAAAAUACCCGUUAAAGUAUCCCUUUUUCAUAGGCAAAUGUUAUUAGCUUGGUCCCUCAGCUUUAAACACAAUUUUACUCCUCACUCUUAUAUCAUUUGGAAAUAAUAAGGACCUACUGUAUAAACAUAAAUCUCUUUUCUUUGACAAUUGGGUUAGUAAUGGAAUUAUUAUUGUAUCUCAACUUUUCAAUCAAAAUGGUUCAAUAUGUAAUUAUUCUGAGUUCUUGGUAAGGCAUGGAAUUCCUGUUACUCCAAAAUAAUUUGCCAUCGUGGCUGAUGCAGUGCCACAAGGAGAUAUCAUGCUUUAUAAAGGAUUUUCUUUUUCAUCUGUUUGUCACUCAGUGGAUCUGUGUAAGACAUUUGUAGGUAAAGAAUGCCUUUCUUCUCUAAAUCCAAAAACAAUAAGAAAAUUCGAGUCUUGUUUCAGGAGGAGUCUGUUUCUGUGCCAUAUGUAAUUUCUUAUUGGAAUGGUUUUGUAAGUGAUAUUCCAUGGAAAAAAGUUUGGACAUUACCUCACAAAUACCUGAUAACUAAUAAAACGAGAGAAAUCACCUUUAAACGAA